AUGGCUCAUGGUCCAAGACUAUCCAGUGCGGGCACUGCCACCCCCAAUCCCCCUCCCCCACCGCCUCCUCCUCCACCGGAGUCCUCGACGGCGGGGGUUGGCGAGGCGCAGGCCGCAGAAGCAGCCGUACCAGGGCAGUCAGAAUCGUUCAAGUUGAAGUUCUGUACUGUCUGUGCAUCGAACCAGAAUCGGUCGAUGGAGGCUCACCUCCGGCUCUCAACCGCUCCCUACCCCGUUAUCUCAUUCGGGACAGGCUCUCUGGUCCGUUUGCCGGGCCCUACCAUCACUCAACCUAAUGUCUACCAUUUCAACACUACCUCGUAUUCUCAAAUGUACGAUGAGCUCCAAUCCAAGGAUGAGCGGCUUUACCGUAACAAUGGACUUCUAAACAUGCUCGACCGCAACCGCAACCUGAAAUGGGGCCCCGAGCGCUUCCAGGACUGGGUUCCGGGGAUGCCGCGUGUGGACCAUGUAUCGAAAGGCGACAAAGGUGCCCUGGGUACAGAAGGAGGCGCUGUCGACGUCAUCAUCACCUGCGAGGAGCGGUGCUGGGAUGCCGUUGUCGACGAUCUCAUGAACAAGGGCGCGGUUCUCAACCGGCCCGUUCAUGUGUUCAAUGUCGAUAUCAAAGAUAAUCAUGAAGAGGCUCUGGUUGGAGGGAAAGCUAUCCUCGAUCUUGCUGGCAGACUUAAUGAUGCUGCUACUCAAGAACGCAAGGCGCAUGGCUCUGAGGGUUGGGAGAACGGUACCGGCGAAGCUCGGAGGAGCUUUGACGAAAGGGUUCCUGACAUACUUGCUCAAUGGCAAGAGACGUGGCCUAACUUGCCAGCUUUGUGGACUUUGUCCUGGCUGUAG